AUGGCCAACCAACUGAUCCCAUGAAGUAUGGCCAACUUAUCCGCAGAGAGUGUCGAAACAGUCAUUCAGCUACAGCAGAAAAAAGGCCGUCAGUACCUGAGAGGUUUGCUGGGGUGGAAGGAAUUUGAUGAAAUCCGGGAUUUGCGCCAGAGCAUCCAACUUGACAUCCAUUACCGGAGCUUGGUGUUUGCUGCCGAGAAAGGCUUGUCCUGGCCGGCUGCGGCAGAAGUUGGGAGGUUGACAGCAGAGCUGCUGGAGGAAACCAAAGGCUUGCCCCUUUCACAAACCAUCAAACUCCUGCAGGAGAAACUUGUUGCCUUCCGGGUGAAGCUCCCUGCUUUCCAGCUGUGUGCCAUCUGUGAUUACUUUCACAACACGUUCAUCAAGCAUCACUGGCUGUACCAGUUUGUGCUGGCCCGGGAGAGAGACCGCCAUCAAACCUUUGCCAGCCUAGAGGUCUGUGCUCCUCCCCGGCCUCUCCCGCUGAUGGAGGGCAUGGAUGUCGAAGUCUGGAAGUACAACCAGCAGCUGGCUGCUCUCUUGGCAGCUGAAGAUGAAAAACGGGCCACCAUCCUGCAGAUCCGGGAAACCUUGCGAGUAGAGAGGGAAAACCUGCUUCAGGGAGUGUACAGGAGUGUCAGAAGGCAGACAGAGGCCCUGGGCACAGAGGCUCUUGCAUCCCUCGUCAAAGAAGCCAUUAAGGCCCAAGUCCAGAGUCUCCAUGAUGUCAUCCAGAACGAGAUCCAGACCACCUUCGAAAUCCUGCAGCUGAAGCUUCAGCAGAAGGCCCUGAUGCAAAGCCCUCCAGCCCCUUACCCCCCACCCCCCUCCCCCGAGGAACGAGGGAGAAAAUCUAGCAAACCUGUGAAGAAGCCAAAGGAGAAAGUAGGAGAUGAAAAGAACAAAGGGGAGAAGGACGAGAAGAAGACAAAGAAGAAGAAGAAACAGAAGUGA